GCCGCGCGGCCACUGGAGCUCCGCCUGCGGGGGAGGGGGCCCGUGCAGCUGGGGGUCGUGCAGGUGCGCAAGUGGCUGGGCCUCCCGUGGCGGGGCGGCCUGGACCUGCGUGCGAUGUGCAGCAUGCGCCUGGCUGCGGCGUCUGCCCAGGUUGCUUCCCUGGCCGGCCAGGUGGCCAGUGGCGAUGUUCCCCUGGCUGUGGCGGCCAGCAUCUUUGACAUGAAGAUAGAGGGGGGCCUCCGCUUCGGGCGGUGGUUGUGGUGCGUCGCGGAGGGGUGCGCGGUGGCGCAGGACGAGGCAUGCAGCAGCCGGGCCCGGGUCCUCCUUGGGGCCCCGCCGUGGCGUUCGUCGUCGGCAGCAGAGGCGGAGCUGGGGUGGGCCCUUUUUGGCGCGGGGCGAGGGGUGGUAGAUGUGGCUCGGCGGCGCUCCGGGCUGUGGGCCCUUCCCGAGGACGACCUUUACCGUUCGGUCUUCCAGGCGGCCCACGCGUCCCAGGGAAUGUCCUGGGCGAGCCAGUCUGCCAGGCUGCUAGUGGCUUGGGGCGUGUCGGAUUGGCCCGCCUGGUCACAGGCCCGCCCGGGGGAGUCGCGGGGCGCGUGCCUCGAGGCCGUCCAGCAGCAGGUGGCGCGCGUGUGCCAGGGGGAGUGGCAGGCCAGGGCGAGUGCCCAUGACCGCCUAGUUCCCCUGCUCUCCCUGUGCGAGGGGCUGGUGAGGGACCUCGCGGCCGCCCUCAGGGGCGGGUACCCAUGGGAGGUGCUGCAGGGCAUGAGGUCCCUGAGCCGCUGGAGGGCAGGCCUCUUCGUCCUCGGCCACGUGGGGGGCCGCAGGUCCUGGGCAGCGGUGCAGUCCUGCGUCCUCUGCGGCUCGCGCCAGCGCAGCCUCUCCUUCCAUGCGUGCGGCGGAUGCCCGGGGACGGCGGAGGGCCGGGCGGCCUUCUGGGUGGCGCGGGCGCAGCCGCAGCCGGCGUCCCAGGAGGCCUGCACACGGGCAGUGCUGUCAGCCAGGCCUGGAGAAGCGGGGUACCCCGAGGCGGUCCUGCUCGCCGCAAGCGUCGACAAGCAUCAGCUGAGUUUCUGGGCCGGGCGGGCCAAGGGCAUGUGCCUGCAGCUGCUCCUGCUGUCCGUGCGUUCUCGGCUUCGCACCGAAAAGUCCUUCCUUCCGCCGCCUGGGUGCCUCGGGACCGGGGUGUGGUGGUGUCCGGGAGUGCCCCGGGUCCUGCUGGGCAGGGCCGAGUCCCGCAGCCGAGCUGGGGCGGGGGCGGGGGUACCGCACUCCGGGGAGGGCCUCCUCCGGUCUUCUCCGAACGCCUCGCAGCUGCGCCCUGCGGUGGCCCCGGGGUUGGCUCAGACGGGCGGGGCCCCAGCGGAG